UCCCACGCGGCCGCGCACGCCAAAACCCACCCCCCCCCCCCCUUCCGUUCCCAUUCCAAGGCGGCGGCGGCAUUGCAGGAACCGCUCGCUCACAGGCGUUUCGAGGUGGUGGGGGAUCUGUGGGAUCGGGUGGGCCGAGAUGAGCAUGUACGGGAGGGACCCGUGGGGCGGCCCGCUCGAGAUAUGCCACGACUCGGCCACGGACGACGACCGGAGCCGGAACCUCGACCUCGACCGGGCGGCGCUCUCGCGGACGCUCGACGAGACGCAGCAGAGCUGGCUGCUCGCGGGGCCCGGGGACCAGGGCCGCAAGAAGAAGCGCUACGUCGACCUCGGAUGCCUCCUCGUCAGCCGCAAGCUCUUCCUCUGGACGCUCGGCUUGCUCCUCGCCGCCGCCGCCCUCGCGGGGAUCGCCGCGGGGAUAGCCAAGGCCGUCCCCAGGCACCACGCCCCGCCCACGCCGCCGGACCAAUUCACCCUCGCGCUGCGCAAGGCGCUCAUGUUCUUCAAUGCCCAGAAAUCCGGGAAGCUACCGAAGCACAACAAUGUACCAUGGCGCGGUGACUCGUGCCUCAAGGACGGACGCUCGGACGAAGCAUUCCGGCGAGACCUCUCGGGUGGCUACUAUGACGGCGGGGGCGCUGUGAAAUUCAACUUCCCAUCUGCCUUCUCCAUGACCCUCCUCAGCUGGAGCGUCAUCGAGUACAGUACUAAGUACGAGGCUGCUGGGGAACUUGGCCAUGUCCGUGACACAAUUAAGUGGGGGGCCGACUACUUAUUGAAGACCUUCAACUCCACGGCACAUUCUAUUGAUCGCUUGGUUGCGCAGGUGGGUAGUGCUGCAAUAUCACCUGGUUCGAGUCAGCCCAAUGAUCAUUAUUGUUGGAUGAGGCCAGAGGACAUCGACUACCCACGUCCAGUCACCGAGUGCCACACUUGCCCUGAUCUUGGUGCUGAGAUGGCUGCAGCAUUGGCCGCAGCAUCCAUUGUGUUCAAGGAUAAUAGGGCUUACUCCCACAAGCUGUUACAUGGUGCUACCACCGUCUGGGAGUUUGCAAGGAAGGGAGGUAGUCGUUCAGCAUAUAGUGCACUCAGGUCAGAUGCUGCAAAGUUCUACAAUUCAACCGGUUACUGGGAUGAAUAUAUGUGGGGUGGUUCGUGGAUGUACCUCGCAACUGGCAAUUCAUCGUACCUGCAGUUCGCAACGAGUGUCGAGCUUGCAAAGAAUGUUCAUGUUUUCUCUCGCCCCCCGAACUAUGGGGUGUUCAGCUGGGAUAAUAAGCUCCCUGGUGCACAGGUUCUUCUGAGCCGGUUAAGGCUCUUCUUGAGUCCUGGGUAUCCAUAUGAAGAGAUGUUAAGGACAUACCACAAUCAAACCAGCACCAUCAUGUGCUCUUACCUUCCAGAUUUUAGAUCUUUUAACAGAACAAAAGGUGGUUUGAUACAGUUGAAUCACGGGCAGCCACAACCGCUCCAGUAUGUAGUCAAUGCUGCAUUCCUUGCUUCUCUGUUCAGUGACUAUCUUGAGGCUGCAGAUACCCCUGGGUGGUAUUGUGGGCCCCAUUUCUACUCCAUCGAGGUUCUUCGCAGUUUUGCAAGGACUCAGAUGGAGUACAUCUUGGGCAAAAAUCCUUUGAAGAUGAGUUAUGUGGUCGGGCACGGAAAGCAUUACCCCAAGCGUGUUCAUCACCGUGGUGCGUCGAUCCCGAAGAAGAAAGGUAUUCACCCUGGCUGCAAAGGGGGGUGGACGUGGAGGGACACCAAGAAGCCCAACCCUCACAUCAUUGUUGGAGCUAUGGUGGCUGGCCCUGAUCGCCAUGACGGGUUCAAAGACAUCCGAAAGAACCGCAACUACACAGAACCAACCCUAGCGGGCAAUGCUGGUCUAGUUGCUGCGUUGGUAGCUUUAUCGGGUGAAGGCCAUGGCGUGGACAAGAACACCAUGUUCUCUGCUGUGCCGCCAAUGUUCCCUUCGCCCCCGCCGCCUCCAGCACCAUGGAAGCCAUAAUGGCUGGGUGAUUGGACCAGUGGAGAUGACGGUGUAACCGUUUUUUUAGCGUAGUAUCAUCACCAUGCCAUGUUGUUUGCGAUGCAAGGACUAUGCUGAACGAAAUGUAUAAUGGCCUAAGUUAGUACUAGUAGUUUCCCUCGUGUACCUGUGGGAAGUGGGUACUUUGUAGACAUAAAAAAAUUGGCAUCAUAUCACAAAGUAAAUUUGCCCAAGGCAAGUUCAGUUUUAAAA